GAUGUGUCUGGUUCAUACAAAUAGUGAUGCUGAUCUGUUUUUCUCUUCUGUUAAUUUACCAGUUCUGUUUGUGGGUCUAGACCAUAGACCCAUAUCUACCUAAGAUAUGUGAAGGGGAAUGAUGUUGAAAGCUACUACUGAGAACAUCUGCUAACAUUCAUGUCCAUGCCACAGUACCGGAAAACAACCUUUUUGCCUCAGGCCAGGAGUUUACAUGCAAGAAAAGGAAAUGGACAUACAGAUUACAUUUUUCAUAGGUUGUUAUUUAGCUGCAUCAGUGAUUGGCCAGAAUGAGAUGGAAAUUCAUGCUAAUGACCCGUAUAAAGCAGAGUGUACCAGAAGAAAAAUCCAGUGUCAUCAAAGAGCAAUUUGUCGACUAGAUAUUGUGACAGAAACAUUUUACUGCCAGUGCAUUCCAGGUCACAAUGGAGAUGGAGUCCACUUUUGCCAAGAACCAUCGGCAAAAAUCAUCGUUCAUCAAGAACAAUCCUGUGAUGGAGCAGCUUCCCAGCUAUGUGUCAUUAAGUGCUCUCUAGGUGAAACUGUACAGUUUAUGGUCUCAGUUGUAGGAGACCACAAGCAUUAUAACAUUCAGUGGUUCAAGUUCUAUUCCUCCUAUGGUAAUACAUUUUACAGUUAUCGAAAACGAUUAAGGAAUUCUGCAAUGGUACCAUCAAAAAAUAUUCAGAUUAUGAAGGAUGGUUUAAUUCUGAAACUUGAAGAGACUCAGGAGGAUGAUUACUUUCCAAACUUGUUCUGGGUCCAGUUAGACACAGGGAGCUAUUUGGAGAUGACAGAAGAGCUUGAACCUUAUGAAAUCAGCAGCUAUGACAUCCUCAAUCCAUCUCAAACACGUUAUUACUUUGUGCUGGAUAGCCAACCUAUAGACAUGGGAACGUACCUCACAGGGGAUACAACUGUGAUUUAUUUGACUUUGUAUAAAAAUAUCUCCAGUACUGCAUUUGUGAGUUGGGUCAAGGAGCCAGAAAAUCUUACUCUACUUCAUUCUUCAAGUGUUGCUUUGAUGAACAGCACAAGUGUUCUUGAGAUGCAUGAUUUACUAGACAAGGAUUUUGGCAAGAUUCGUGCAGUCAUCUACGAUUACCUUGAAGGUAUCCCUGGUAAAGUCAUGGUCGCCCAGAGGCUUUUUGUGUUAAGGAAAGACAUCAGUAAAGUCUGUAUCGGCCAGCAUAGUGUUCGCCACUGCAAGUGUAGUUCUGGUUUUAAAGGCAAUGGCCUUCACUGCGUAGAUGUGGAUGAAUGCAGGGAAGGAAUGCCUUUACAGUGUCUUUCUCAUGCUAGUUGUGUGAACACGUUUGGUUCAUAUAUGUGCAAGUGUCCAGCUGGAUAUGAAGGUGAUGGUGUCUACGCAUGUUUAGAUGUUGAUGAAUGCUUUCGAGGCCUUGCACAAUGUAAUGGUAAUGCAACUUGUGUAAAUACCCUUGGAUCGUAUGUGUGCACCUGCCCAAGAGGUUACUUCAGUAGAAGUGGGGAGUGUUUAGCCAAAAGUAUGUGGACUCCUUGGUCACCCUGGUCCAUUUGUUCAGUGACGUGUGGCUCUCAAAACCAGAUGAGAUUUCGUAUCUGCACACAUCCAGAGAGUGGCAUGAGCUGUGAAGGGCCCACUGCUGACUUAAAACCUUGUGAUCAUUUACAGGAAUGCCCAGCUAAUGGUCAGUGGUCAGAGUGGUCACCAUGGUCUCCUUGCUCUUCUCUAUGCUCUGGCAUUAAAAAGAGAAUUAGGAACUGUGAUAACCCACCUCCCUCUGCAGGUGGUGAGCAUUGUAGGGGGACGACAGAGGAAACAUCUGCCUGCAGAAGUGAACAAUGCUCAAUUGAUGGAAGCUGGUCCCAGUGGAGUUCGUGGUCUCAGUGCCCUCUGACCUGUGGCCUUGCAGUUGUAAGCCGCACAAGAAGCUGCAGCAACCCAACUCCACAGAAUGGUGGAAAAGUCUGCCUAGGUCACAACUAUGAGGAAGCAGCAUGUGGAUUACCAAAAGUCUACUGUGACUAUGUUAUGAAGCCGGAAAAGAGAAAAACCUAAAUCGAGCUGACACCUCAUACGAAAUACCUCAAGUACCAUCUCCCUUAAUGUCUCCUUUUACUGAUGGCUGACCUUCUGUCACACUUGAUUCUCCAAUCUUCUUUAAAAUUGAGCCAUUGCAAUGGGUUCAUUAUUCCUCAAGUAGACUGGAUCUACCAGGAGGCACCACGUUAAAGAAUCAAGACUGUGGGCAGGGAGUAUGAACAUUAUAAAGGGAGA